AUGGGGGUGAUCCAUCCCUUCGGCGGGCUGAUGCCACCCUCCAACUUCUACGACGUGGCUCUCCAACAGCAACAGCAGAGACUACAAAUGAAUCAGCAGCAGCAGCGUCCCGCUUCCGUCAGCGCUCCGUCCGACAACUCCUCCGUCAGCCGGUCUACCACGGCCUCCUCCUCGACCUCGGGAAACUCCUCUCUCCGGCUACAGGACGCCUCCCCACCCACUUCUGCUCUGCAUUCCGAGCUCGUUAAGGCUGCCAUUCAUCUCCUGCCUUUUGUGACCACCGUAUCCACUGUGGCAGAAUGUUUUGGUUACGGACGGUUUUUGAAGAAGUUCGAGAUUAUGGACACCAACAUCAAUUUGGCCAUCGGCUAUUAA